AUGUUUGCGUCGAGGCUGCUUCUGCUGCGGCACACGAAGGCGAGCUAUGCGCCUGACAAGGUGUCUCCCGAGCUCGCAGCCUGCAUUAAAGACAUCAUCCUGCGGGAUCGCGUAGUUAUCUUUCUCACCGGCACACCAGAGCAACCCCGCUGCCGCUUCACGGUGCAGAUGGUGGAUAUGAUGCGGCAGGUGGGGGUCCCUUAUAGUUUCUUUAAUGUUCUGGACGACGAUGAGGUGUGUGAGGGAGUCAAGACGUACAGUGACUGGCCAACGUACCCGCAGCUGUAUAUCGACGGGGAACUUGUUGGGGGAUACGAUGUGUGCAAGAGCAUGCUCCUAAGCGGCCAACUCACGAAGCUGCUCAAAGAAAAAGAGCUACUUUGA